GAACGCGCCGCGGACACGCGCUCAUUAAAGCGCUCUGACAGUCAGCCUCAACGCGACUUUCUGUCUGUGUUUCUCCUCUCAGAGACUUUAAAAGACUCUGUCUCGUCGCGUGUGGAUACAUGGAUCUCUCUGUGAUCGUGCUGUUGUCUUUGUGCGGGUUUCUGCGGGGCCAAGAGACCACAGAUCCCAUCUCGCUGGAUGACUGCUGUAAGGAUGGCAAAGAAAGAGGCCAGGAGUCCCAGGACUGCACGAGUCUGCCUCUCAUCUCUGAGUCCACCACCUGCAGGAUCGCUCAGGAACAGUGCUGUACUGCGGUUCUUGAAGACAACGUAUGCACCAGCGGCAUCAAUAUGGCGAAGGACCAGGGCAGCUGUGACGCUCUCUUGUCCAGCAGCACGUGUGAAACCAAGACGGCGAAGACGUGCUGUGAGUGCUGUCUGCUCGGCCGGGCGGCCCAGGAGCGAGGUUUGUCAUGUGACCUCACCCUCGCCGUGUGGUACCAGUGCGGUCUGGUGUCCCGCGCCUGCUGUGUGGACCGAUCGCCCAACAGCGACGGGAAGCCUGCACCGGAAUUGCCAUCGCAGGGUGAUGCACAAAACACAGAGGAGCAGUGCAAAGCUGCCGGUUGCUCUCAGAGUUGUGUUAACGGCUCUUGUACCUGUUCGGUCGGAUACAAGCUGAAGGCGGACAGGAAAACCUGCGAAGACAUAAACGAGUGUUUGCUGGGCUCUCAUCAGUGCAGCGGGGGCGAGCGCUGCAUCAACACGCUGGGAUCGUUUCGCUGUCAGAGGGUCAUCAGCUGCGGGACAGGCUACGAACUCACCGACAACAACAAGUGUGAAGACAUUGACGAGUGUGAAACCAGCACUCAUAACUGCGGAGCUGAGCUGGAGUGUCAGAACACAGUCGGCUCGUUCCGCUGCCGUCCCAGAAUGCAGUGCGGCGUGGGAUUCAUCCAGGACGCUCUCGGGAGCUGCAUCGAUAUCAACGAGUGUUUGAGCGUGACAGGACCGUGUCCGUCGGGUCACAUGUGCUUCAACACGGUGGGCUCCUACACCUGCCAGAGACACUCGGUGACCUGUGGACGAGGAUAUCACCUGAACGCCGACGGCUCUCGCUGCGUGGAUAUCGACGAGUGUGCGGGACCUGAUAACUCCUGUGACGGUCACGGCUGUAUUAAUCUGGUGGGCUCGUUCCGCUGUGAAUGCAGGGCCGGCUUCAUCUUCAACAGCAUCAGCAGAUCCUGUGAGGACAUCAAUGAAUGCAGGAAUUAUCCUGGACGUCUGUGUGCACACAAGUGUGAAAACAUCCUGGGCUCCUACAAGUGCAGCUGCACCAUGGGCUUCAAGCUGUCCGCCGACGGGAGGAACUGCGACGACCUCAACGAGUGCGAGAGCAGCCCGUGCAGUCAGGAGUGUGCGAAUGUGUACGGCUCCUACCAGUGCUACUGCCGCCGCGGAUAUCAGCUGAGCGACGUGGACGGCAUCACCUGUGAAGACAUCGAUGAGUGUGCGCUGCCCACUGGUGGACACAUCUGCUCCUACCGCUGCCACAACACCCCGGGGAGCUUCCACUGCACCUGUCCCAUCACAGGAUACGCCCUCGCCCCAAACGGACGCAGCUGCCAGGAUAUCGAUGAGUGUGUAACCAGUACUCACAGCUGCAGUGAAUCAGAGAGCUGCUUCAACAUUCAGGGCGGAUAUAAAUGCCUGAACUUCGACUGUCCGGCCAACUACAGACGCUCAGGAGACACUCGCUGUGAGCGCUUGCCUUGUAAUCAGACUAGCGAGUGUCUGGCCUUGCCUGUGAGAAUUACCUACUACCACCUGACAUUCCCCACCAAAAUCCCCAUUCCCACCAACAUCUUCCGCAUGGGCCCGUCCAACUCGGCGCUCGGGGACGACAUCGAGGUGGCCAUCGUGGACGGUAACCAGGGAGGCUACUUCGCCGCCAAACGCGUGGAGCACGGCGGCAUCCUGGUGGUCCAGAAACCCAUCGCGCUUCCUCAGGACUUUGAGAUCUCUCUGGAGAUGAAGCUUAGGCGAUUCGGACACCUUAGCGUUUACCUCUUCAAGAUCCGCUUGUUCGUAACCCCGGACGAGCUGAGCCACGUCAGCGAAUGAAACCGCGUCAUGCUUGAUUAGCUGCAUCCAUGUGCCCUGGGUAUCUCGUCUAACCUUGCCUUCAAGUCCUUCUGGAAAGAUCCCACUUACUCAAGUAGAAAUUAGUGUUAGCAUGUGAUCGAGUGAUUUUGGUCCGAAUGUAAUCGAUGCAACAAAUGAAGAGCAAAUAAUGAGUGUUAAGUUUGAAAUCAGUGGCUUGUUAAUUGCAUCCUUUUUGUCCAGCCUUUUAUGAAUUAUGACCAAUACAGUUCAGGGUUAUUAUCGCAAAAUCGAUAUAUUUUUAAACCGUUUUGUUGACUGAAAUAGAGUGGAAAUAAAAUAAAUAAAUAAAAAAAUACAUAAAAAAUUUAAA